GUGUUCAAGAACACCAAGACAAACAUCAGAGAAUUCACCACACGAUGCCAAAGGUGUUCAAGAACAAACACCAAAGAAUUCAUCACAAUGCCAAAAGUGCCCAAGGACAAAUGCUGAAGGUGUUCAAGAACAAAUACCAGAAAAUUCAUCACAGUGCUGA